AUAAAAUGCAGCUGGUUUGAACGAGUCAGUCAUUCGAAACAAUAGACUUGCAACGCAAAGUUGAUGCUAGAUUCCCUCUAAUUCCUUAAGUAUGUUGAGACUAGCGAUUUUUGGUUUUGCAGUGAUUCUCACCACCUUGAACAGUAUUCCAUCGAGUGACGCAUUCGGAACAGAUAUUUUUGAACAACUGGCCGAUCUGCUGUUUGGAUCGGAUUCCUCCGAGGAAGAUGGAUCCGGAAUGAUAGUGACGGCGAAGCCCAAUGCCUCAGUGACCGUACUGUGCGAGAAUAAGUGCAAUCUCAAUGUAACUUGUAUAAACUGUAUGAAAGUUGACUCCACUAUGAUGAAUCCAGCUGGGUCAUCGACGACUACACCUGCCGCAGGGACAACCGCAGCAGCUUCUGGUGGUGCGACUACAGCGCCUCCCAAUGGCGCUGGUGGUGGUGGCGGCGGUGGCGGUAAUGGCGCCACUACUUCUGCUGAAAUGCCCACAACAAUGACUACUACCGUUGCACCAUGAAAUAGAGAC